GCUCACCCAGCCAAAGAAGGAACAUCGAAGACGCUAGGAGAAGGGUGAGAUCAAGGCCUUGAACUCCGCAACACUGCCAGGUAACACGCCGCCGCCGCCACAGCUCAGAGAAAUGUUAGUAAUCAGGUUUUUUUAAAAGUUAAGAAUAAAACAUGGAAAAAAAGCGGGAAAAAACGCCGGAAAGUAGACUGAUGGUGAAUACACCAGAUUUACAAAUAAUGAGCUUGAAGAAAAGUAAUGAUGAAAUGAGGAAGCAUAUCUCAAAAUUGAAAUCGGAUCUUGAACAGGAACGGAGUAAUAUCAAGAAAAUUAAACGCGAGAGAGUCGUUGAUAUUAGAUCGGCCAGAGAAAAGGAAUACCAAAGAGCAAUGAUGGCGAUAAGCGAUUUGAGGAAUAAAUUACACCAAGAGAAAAUUAACGAGUUGUUGGCACAGAAGGAUACGUUAACGAGACAGUACGAGAUGGAAGUGAAGAAAAUUGUGAAACAAAAAGAGGACUCCUUAGGAAAAAUGCAAUCUGAGUUACACCGUACCAAAGAGGAUUUACUGGUAAGGAUGAAGCAUCGAAUAGCAGCUGAUGCGCAAGACGAAGUAAAGAAAAAAUUUGAAGUGGAGCGUAGUAAAAUGCAACAGGAGAUCCUCGAAUUGAAAGAGAGUAAACGGAAAAUAGAAAAUGAGUUCAACCAGAUUAGUGAUGCAGAAAGGAGGAGGAUUGCCGAAAAUAAAUGGAUACAAGACAAACAUAUUCUUGAGAUGGAACAGUUGAGGAAAGAAACACGAAGAGAUAUUUGCAGAAUGGUUGAUGAGUUGAAAAAGAAAGAAAAACUCGUUGGCGAAUUGGAGAAAGAAGUUGGCCAUCACAGUGGACACUCUCGGAAAUUACAGGCGGAAAAGGAAUCGUUGAAAGACGAAUUGAGUAAUAUUAUGAAAAUGGCAGACACUUGGGAAAGAAGCAGUACACCUGGCAUCUGUAGUCCGCGAUCCAAAUCCCCACCUACCAGUCCUAGACCUGGUACACCAAGAUCAAUACCAAGUCCGAGACCACCAGCACUUGGCAGACUGACUCCUGAUGCGCAGGCCUUGGAAGAUUUUGAGAGAGAGCGUUUUCACUGCAGGCUGUCUGAGUUAGUGCAUCUUGUCCGACGCUUAGAAGACGAGAACAGUAAAUUACAAAGAGCGAAAGAAGCGUUGGAAGGGAAACUUAAGAACGCAGAUUUUACAUCAGAGAGAAACAAAUUAAACAAAAUAAUAGAAGAUUUAGAACACGAUAAAAAGAGGCUGGAAAACACGUGUAAAACCUUGAAUGAAGAAAACAAGAAAAAGAUCUCUCUAAGUAAACUCCCCAUCAGGAGGCAGGAAUCGGUCGGGUAUGGAUCACGGAGAUCAUCAAGUACAGACAGCAGUGAUAACAGUGAGGCGGAGAAAUUCAAAAAGAUUAUGGAUGAUAAUUUUAAAACUAUAACAGAGUUGAAAAAUCAGAUCAUCGAAAAAGAUAGGAGACUCGACUUGAUACAACAUCGAAGACGAAAAGCAAGGAGGCGACAAUCAGGAAUCUUAGAGUCUCCCAAAGGCCUUGAAGAUGAAAUCGGACUGGAUACAGCGUCUAUAACAUCAUCCAUUUCCCAGAGAUCAGAUAAUAGCAUCUCUGGGGAAUGGGAUGAAUUUGAGAGAGCAGAAAUGGAAGGGAAUUACCAACAGCUCUCCAAAGAAUAUUUGCAGCUAAAGAAAGCAUACACACAGCUGCAGGCUAUGGUUGGAGGUUCUCUUGAUGUACAGCGAGAAUUUAAGUUACGAGAACAACUUGAACUUGACCUCCUCGAUAGCCAAGCUAAGAUUGAAGAUUUUCAGAAGGUGAUUAAAGACCAAGGUAAAGAUGCUGGCUGGGUGGAAGAAAAACAAAAGUUUAUCACCUAUAACAGAAAUCUACAAUCUAAAGUUGAAGAAAAAGAAGAUGCAAUAAAGAAAGUUAAACGUGAUUUAAAUGAUUCACGCGAUCAAAAUGAAUUACUUGAAUUCCGUAUCUUAGAACUAGAAGAAAGAUCGGAAUCAUCGCAUACUGCUGUACCGGAAUCCCUCAGUUCUCUGUCACCGUCAUCACCGAACACCAUAGUUCGACGAUCUCCAUCACCAGCUGCUCUACCAUUGAUACAGGUGACAGAAACUGAUGGAAUAUCAUUGCAAAUAGCAGUAAAUGAGACUGGCUUCACUCUGGUGAGACCAGUCUCUGUACAGCAGGACAUGUCAGUUGUCGAUAUCAAGCAGAAGCUGGAGGACAUAGCUAACAAUAAGGAUGAUGAUAGAUUGUCAGUAGAGGAUAAAAAGUCCUUGUUACAGGCACGAGCAAUGCUGGACAUUGCAGACCUGAAACUCAAGAAGAUGACUAGUAGCGAAACUAGCUUAAAAAGGAAAGUUAUGGAUUUGGAGCAUGAGAAAGACAGACUUGCUGCUAAAGUUAGUAGUACUGAAGUGGAACUUAGAAGCAAUCUAAACGUCUUAGAUGACUGCAAUAAGAAAAUUGAUGAACUUGAAGAAAUAAUUGAAGAUAGAAAAAAAUCUGAAUCCAAGUUUCAUGCUAUGGAGGAUGUGUACCUCAAAAAUGAAAGUAAACUCAAAGAUGAAAUCAAACUUUUAAAGAAACAGAUGUCAUCCGAUAAAGAGGGGCGGGAUUAUGAAAAUGAACUUCUCUUCCAAAAAAUAGCUGAAGUCAGGGACGAGAAACAGACUGAGUUACUACCACAGAAAGUGGCUAUUCUUGAAGAGUCCAACUCAGCAUUACAGGAGAAACUAGACAGGGUAUCAGAUUCCAGUUUACAGAGUAAGUUGGAUAGUUUGGUCAAAGAAGACACCUUGGCUGCUAAAGAGGGAGCUGAAUCUAAACAGAUUGAGCUGAAAUCUGUCAUGACUCUAGAAGAACUUCAACAUCUGAAAGCUAAAGUUGAUGAAAUUAAAGCUGCUCAUCAGAAAAUUGCAGAAAUGGAGCAAACGGAACUUGUUCUCAGGAAGCAUAUUGAAGCACUUGAACGUGAGAUUGUGGAAUUGCAAGAAAAUAUUCAACAUCAUGAAUCAUCAUACAAUGAAAAAGUUGAGGAAUAUGAAAUCAGAGAGCAUACAUUGAAAGAAAUCUCAAGAAAAGCAGAACAAGCAGAGGUUCAGCUGAAAGAACAACUUGAUGCAAGCAUAUCUGAGGACUCUAAGAAGGGAGAGCAAAUCCAGGAAUUGUGUCUAAAAAUCAAGAUUCUAGAAAGCUCUGAAACUUCUUCAAAACAGAAGUUUGACAGUGAUGCAAUAAACCAGAAUCUGGAUACUGAACUGAAGCAAUUAAAAUCUGAGAAUGAGAAAUUAUCCAACCAACUUAACUCAUAUGAACUUGCCGAAAAAGAACUUAAGGGACAGAUCAACCAAAUUAAAGUGGAAAAUGAUGUUCUAAAAGACAAAUUACAAUUGUUAGAGAUUGAAAACCCAAAUUUAAAAUCACUGCCAGGAGAUAAAACUGAUGAUGAUAAAGAAAAUGGAGACGUUUUGAAGAUGAAAGACAGGAUUUGGGAACUAGAAAGCUCGGAAAAGGUUUUAGAAGCAGAUUUGUUUGAUUUAAAAGAGGAAAAUGAAAAGCUUAAAUCAAAAUUAAUGAAUGGAGAUUCUGAACCUAUGCACAGUGAAAUAGAGGUGUCAGAGACACAGGAACAAACCAUUAAUGAUCUGAGGACAUCACAAACCUCUUUGAAAGAGGCUCUUUCCAAGACUACAUCAGAAAAAGAGAAUCUUCUCAAAAUGUACCAGGACGCUCUGGAGAAAUUACAGGAGCUUGAAACUGAUGAAAAAAUAGAUCAAUCACCAUCAUUAGAUGUCACCUCAGAGGCUCAAGUCCAAUCUUCUGUAGAACAACCUAUAGAGCGUGUAACAGUAGAGAAUGUUAGCAUGCCGCAAAAUCUUCUACUGAAUAUGGAUUCGCAGAAGGAGCAGUCAUAUGCAGAUAGGGUUUACGAGUUACAAGCAAGUGAGAAUGUAUUGAAGAAUAUUGUCAAAGAUUUGCAGGUUUCUGAAGAAGAACUGAAUAAUAAAAUUGUUGAAUUGACCUCAGAAAAAGCUGAACUUGUGGCACAAUUAAGGGAUGCAAAUCUGAAAGAUGAGGAAAGUGAAAAAGUCAUUAAAGAGCAUGAGAAUGAAGUAUCUAUGCUUAAAAUGAAAAUUGGUGAAAUUGAGACAACCAAAGAGAAGUUGGAAGAAGAAAGUGCGCUUUUGACAAGGCAAUUAGAAGUCGCAAACCAGAAAUUACAAGAAGUAGAAGAAAGGAAUGCAGAAGUAAACAAACUCAACAAUGAUUUGCAAGUCUCUGAGGCACAGAUGAAGGAAGAAAUGCUUGAGAUGUCAUCAGAAAAGGAAGAAAUUGAAGUUAAACUUUUAGAGGCUAGAGAAGAGCUGAAGAAAACAAAUGAAAGAAUAGAUAACUUGACAGCUUCUGAGAGCAACCUCUCAGAGCAGCUUAAUAAUGUUAUUACAGAAAAAGAAACAUUAGCUGCUGAUUUGAAAGAAAGUAAUGUACGACUAGUUAACCAAGAACAAAGACUGGAAUCUGUAAUAGCUGCUGCUGGAGAAGAAAAGGUUAAAGUCUUAACAAAGGAGAACGAUGAACUAACACAAAAGCUUGAAGAAGCAGAAAACAGGAUAGAAGAGCAGGACAUCCAAGAAACUGUUUUGAAGAAAAUUAUUAAUGAGUUAGAAGAUUCAGAGAAAACAUCUAGAGAACGGAUCGUGGAAUUGGAGGAAAGUGGAAAAACGGUAAAAGCAGCUUUGGAUGGGCAAGAGAAAACAUCUGAGGACCUAAGGGAGAAGCUUGAUGAAGUUGAAAAAUCAGAAAAAGAAUUACAGGAGAAGGUUUUACAAUUGGAAAAUUCAGAUAAAGACUUGAGGGAUAAAUUGUCGGAACUGGAAAGUGCACAGCUUGAUAGUAGUAAUAAUGAAGCUUUGAUGAAGGAAAUUAAAGAACUAGAGCUGGAAGUACAGAGGAGGAAAGAUAUUGAAGUAGAUCUUAAGGAAGACCAUUUUGAAGAAUUAACUUCAUUGCAAGAACAGAUCCAAGAUUUAGAAAGGACUAACCAGGAACUAAGAAAGAAACUUGCAGAACUUUCCGAGGAAUUGGAAUGUAUUGAUGAACUGAAGAAAGAACACCUCUCAGAGGUAUCAAAUUUGCAAGGGAAGAUCAAAGAUUUGGAAAACCAGAAUGCUGAAGAUUCAAAUAAGUUUGAAGAUCUCAAGCAAAGUCUCUCCAUGGAGAUAGCUACAUUGAAGGAACAGGUUGAUGAUCUUGAAAACUCUGAAAGGGAUAUCAGGAGUAAACUUUCACAGAAUUCAGAUGCACUUUUCAAAUCACAGAAAAGUUAUGAAGAGGACCAGAAAAUGUGGAAUGAAAAAGAACAUCAUUUAAAAGACCAACUGUCUGAGUCUGAAGUUGUCAUAAAAACUCUAAAUGAGAAAGUGCAAGCAUUGCAACAGCAGGAGGUUACAUUGAAGAAAGAGGUAGAGAAACAGGAAGAGAUCAAAGUUAAAGCUUCUGAAAGGGAAAUUGCAACUUAUUCUCUGCAGGAGAGAAUUGCUGAAUUGCAGGAAUGUGAGUCAUUACUGAAAGCGAAAAUCAUUGAACUUACUGAAUCAGAGGAAAGUGCUAAGAAGAAUUACCAAGAAACACUUAAAGACAGGAUAGAAAAUGAGAAGGCUUGGAAAGUUAAAAUAAAAGACCUUGAAGAUACAGAAGAUAAAUCUAGGUUGCGAUUACAGGAAAUGGAAGUUGUUGAAAUUGAUCUAAGGGAACAAUUAGAAGCCAAAGUCCGUGAGAAUGAAGUAGCAUCAGAAAUGUGGCGUCAAAGUGAAGACUUGUUAAAUGAAAGAGUGGCAGAGUUAGAAGAAUUAGAAACAGUAUUAAAACAGAGAAUUCAAGAGCUUGAAGAUAAUGAAAGUCAUCUGAAGCAGGAGAUAAAACAGAAAACAAAGGAAACCGAGAAUACUUGGAAGCAGGCAGCAGAAUCAUCAACCUUAGCAUAUCAAGAAAGAAUACAUGAACUUGAGGAGCUGGAAGGUGAUUUGAAAGACAGAAUCUCCCAACUUGCUGAGGCUGAAAGGACUGCUAAGGAUAUGCUUCAAGAAGCUACAGUUGUCUAUAGAGAAAAUGAAGAAGCUCUGAAGGAAAGGAUCGAGCAGUUGGAAGAAGAUCAAGGUGAAAUGCAGGGACAAAUUCAUGCAUUAGAGAACUUGAAAGCUAUGAUGCGUGGUCAGAUUGAGGAUGCUGAACAGCACAACAAAGAAACCCAAAAAGCAAAUAAAAGGCUUCAAGAAAAGAUUGAGCAAUUUGAAUCUGGAGAACAAGCUCACAAAGAUGAAUUAAAUCGAAUGAAGAAGCAGCUGGAAACCACUGAACAGGCUGAAAAGGAAUCACAGAAAUUAUUGUCACAGCAGCUAGAAGACAUCCAAACUGAAAGUAAAUCUAAUGAAAAGAAUUUGAGAGAUCGAGUGAAAGAGUUGGAGUAUUCUGACAAUGAACUGCAAAACAAACUGUACGAGACAGAGACUGUGAAGACAGAAUUGGAAGAUCGCCUUGAGAGUGCAGAAAUUGAGAACAAGAGGGUGAAAGAAUCGAACAACCAUCUGAAAGAACAAAUUGAUGAGCUUGAAGAAGAAAACAGUAAAUUGAGGCGAGACUUGGAGGAUACCCAAGAAAAGGCUGAUGAAUCAGAAAGAAUUAGCAGUGAGCUUAAAGAUAGAUUACAUGAAACAGAGUCAGUGGGUGAUAUGAAAAAGAUGGAAGAACAAAAGUCACUUGAAAAGAUUCAGAAACAAAUCGAGGAAUUACAGAUGUCUGAAGAAAUGCUUAAAGAUGAUGUAGAACAUUUGGAAAGGUCUGAAAGAAAAUUGAAACAAAAGCUUACUGAAAAGAAUGCUGAUAUUGAUAAGCUUUACCAGCAGAGGAAGGUUGAGAAAGACGAGAUGAGAAGUCGCAUUCUGGACUUAGAGAUGUCUGAAAUGAAAUUAAAAGAGCAAGUCCAUGUCCUUGACAUGGAAGUAAAGAAGAAAACAUGGGAUAUUGAGAGAAUCCAACCACAAAUUAAAUUUCAGACAGAGCAAAUUGAUACUGUUGGCAAACAGGAGAUUAAGCAUAAAGAACUUGCAAACUGUCUGCGGAAGAAGGUUGAACAGCUGGAGCAACGAGAGAAGGACCUUAAAAAUGAUAUCAUGAUGGCAAGUGAUUCCCAAUCCCCUCUUAAGGAGAAGCUAUCAAGGUCAGAGAGAAGAGAAACAGAACUUGUCAAAAAGGUUGAGAGGUUAGAAAAGUCUGAAGAAACACUGAAGGCUGCAGUUCUGUCCUUGGAACAGGCAAAAGAUACAAAAACCAAGAAAGAAAUAGAAGAACUUAACGAGCAAGUACAGCAGCUUGAAGAUGUUGCAGAUAAAUUGAGACAUGACUUAAAAAGAAGUGAGAAUAGUGAAAAGAGUAUAAAGAAACUACACACAGCUUUAGAGGAUGAUUUCAGCUAUCUAAAGGAAGAGGAAUCUAAGCUGAGAAAUAGAUUGAAAGAUAUUGAGAAAGAGAAGGGCCAGUCAAAAAAAAGGUAUGAUGAGGACUACGAAGAGCUUCAAGAUAAAGUAAUUGCUUUAGAAAAAGUGGAACAAACCUUAAAGAAAAAGUUAGAGAGUUCUAAGAAGACUGAAGAAGCUCUUCAGAAGGAAUUGAACACUGCAGAAGAAAUGUUUGAUAAAACUGAAAAUACUUUGAAACAAACAAACAAAGCUUUAGAGAGGAAAUUAAAACAGCUGGAAGAGGCAAUAGACAGAUCCCAACUAAGAGAGAAAGAACUUGAAACAUCUGGGAAUAGCUUACAACAGAAAUUGAAGAUGUUAGAGAAAUCGGAAUGUGCUUUAAAAGACCAAGUUUCUGAAUUAGAAAAUCAAGAGCUUAAUUUCAAACACCAGGUACGAGAACUUGAGAGUGCUGAGAGGAUGUUAAAAAUGGACAAUGAUCAACUGAAACUUGAGAAAGAUCUGCUUACUGAUAAAAUGGAUGAUGUAAAAAAGUCAGAGAGUGAUCUGCAGAAGAAGACUGGAGAGCUACAGAUGAAUGAAAAGAAAUUGAAAGAGAAAGUUGUUGCGUUAGAGAAACAGCUGAAUGUUCUCAGAGAGAAGGUUAAAGAGAUGGAAACUAGUGCAGCAACAAUGGAGACAAGAUGUGCUCAGGCAUCUAAGCUUGAAAAAGAAUUGUCAGACACUCAGGAUGAAUUACAAGAAUCUCAUACAAAGAUUGAUCAGCUUGAAAGAGCUAAAGCAUCAUUGAAAAGACAGCUGGAAAACCUGGAAGAUGAUUUGGCAACUGGACAGAUGAUAACGUUACCGCUCGAAGAAUACAAACGUAUGAAAGCACAGACUGGAUUACUGGAGAUGACGGAACAGAGUGUUGAAGAUCUGGAAAAAACAGAAGCUAAACUACAGGAUAAAUUGAAGAAGAUGGAAGAGCAGAAGGAUUAUUGCGAUGCAGACAAAGAAAUUCUCAAUCUUCGAUUACAGUUGGAUGAGAAGAAUGAGAUAAACAAAGAACUGCAAGAUAAAUUUGAUGAGUCACAGAUACAUCUGAAGACCGCACAGAGACAGGGAGCGGAUCUUAGAAAUAUUCACUCAGCGGUUAAGAAAGAACUCAAUGAACUUAAAGAAUCACUUGAGAACGGCGAUAUUCUCUCUGGUAUCUACACAAAACGUAACAGCAAAUCUACGCAGACAGACGCUUUGCGAUAUCUUGGCGGUACGGCUUUGCAAUCUAGAGUGUACACGCCAGAAAACAAACAAACUACCUUACUAGAGUUUUUAGAGACACUUCCAUACAAUGCACAAAUACCAAAGACGACUGUAGAAUACCCUAAAUCGGUUUUACCAGAGUUGAAAUUAGACAACAUUGCUGAUAGGCUGAUGUUGUGUACCAGUAAAGGCUUAGUAGAUGUAGAUUCGAAACCAGGGUAUUUUAUGCAAUCAGCGACAUUACAGAUGGAGAAGACCGCUGACCUUGAUAAAAUUAGAUUAAUUGAAGAGUUAGUUGAGCAUCUUCCUCAGUAUGAAACUAACACUGCUCAAGUGAAAACAUCACCACCACGUAGACUGUAUGCUGUGCGAGAGAUGACCAGAAGAACAACGAUUCCUGAUAAAUCUAUGCCAUCCCCGAGAGCGCUGGAUACGUCAAGACCUUAUGAAAGAAAAAAACUUAUAGAAGCCCUGGUGGCAGUGCUUCCGCAGGGAGAUCCCGAGUUGCCGUCAGAGUGGAUCCGACCCAAAACAGUGCAAUAUGGUAAAUUGGUAGAUGAGCCCCAGAUGUGUGCAAAUGGUGUCUUCCGUGCUGAGUUUAACACUGAUAUUGUAGUUAGCCAGCCAUCUCCUCCUCCUUUGCCAGAUACCAUGCCCCCACCCAUACAAUUUCAGACACUUCCUUCUUCCUUCGAUGAAACCCAACAUUGUGACUCUCCUGUACCUAAUUUCUUUGAUGUCAACGGCAUUGAUUCAGAAUCUGACUUCUCAGACGUGGAUUUGCCACCACUUCCAGCGUCAGAACCUCCAAGCGCUUCCCACCUGGUGAUAGAAUCCUCUAGAAAACAGGCCACACUGCACGUCCAGAGACCGCCAUCGUUUGACAGUGGUAUGGAAACUCAGUCAACCGGAACAGACCGGGAGUAUGCUGAUGAGAACACUUCCGCCUUCGUCUUUCCUGUUCCUGGCAAACCUCUCACUUUACCUAGAGUGCCUUCCGAAGAGGGUCCAGAAACUUGCCCUAAGCCUCCCACGCCUCUGUGGGUAACCAAGAUGGUACAAAGACAGCUGAGUGAACGGGACUCCCACGAAGCUGAAAAGGAUCAACUGAAACGUAAAAUAGUUGACCUUACAGCGGAAAGCGAGGAAAGAGCAGCUCUUCUAAGAGACAGAGAUAUAUCUUAUAAAAUAAAGGAAAUUGAGGAGAUUGCUGAUCUUAAGUACAAGCUUCAGGAAAAGGAAGAAGCCCUGGAAGAAAAAUGUAAAUUAUCCAAAAGCCUUCGGAUGGAAAAUACGCAACUUCAUGCUGAAUUCAGAGAUAAGAAUGGACAACUGACAUCACUAAAGGCAGAGGUUAUGCGAUUAGAACGAUUGCUAAGAGGAAGCCAUUCUGAUGACGGUCAGGUAGCUGCGCUCAGAGAAGAGCUUGAGGGAAAACAAAAACAAUUGCAAGACAAGAAAGAAGAGAUGAACAAGAUGACCAACUUGAAUGAUGUUUACAGAACAAAACUUGACAGGCGAGAAAAAGAUUUAGCAGCUAAGGAACAAGAGUUGGAACAAAAGAACUCAGAGUUACAAAAACUACGACAUGAGGUAGGUGGUCUGGAACAGCAGAAGAAAAUUGCUCAGACGUCAGCAGAUUCCAAAUACAAUGAGUUAGCUGGCAAGUAUGAAGCAUUAAAACAAGAGUUUCAAGCAAAGUGCCUGGAACUGGACAGCACCCUGGAAGAAUUGAAAUCCUUGAAGAAGAAAUAUGAAGAUCUUAAGAAUAAACUGAAAGAUUUAGAAAAGAUACGUGAUGAAAGAGAUAUCAUACUUGGUAAACUACAAGCUUUAGAGGCUGCUCUUAAACUCAAGGCUGACCAAGAGCAGAAACUGUUUGAGGAACUGGCCAUGUUAACAAGAAAACUAGAAGAUUAUGAGAAAUUGAAUACCACAAGAGAUGGUAUAGAGGAGAGUUUUAGAGAAAUUAAAAACAAUUAUGAUGAUAUGGAGCACAAGAAACGGGAAGCUGAGCUCGCUGUAGCUCCUCUUAAGGCGAAAGUCUCAAGGCUUGUAAAGAAAUGCAAGGAACGUGAUGAAUUAAUUAAAAAAUUAACCAAUGAACUGAGACAGCAGCACAAAGGACAUCCUAAUGAACUCCUGGAAGCGGUUACUAAGUUACAAUCUCGAAUGCCCGAUGAGGAGUACAAUGAACCCAUGUCACCGUACAGUACUACAUUACAUGGAAUCCAUGAAGUGUCUGAGGUCACACGCGAAAAUUCGGAUGUCGGGGUUGAAAGUUCCCCAUCAUUAUCAUCUCUGUAUACACGGAGAACACCUACUUUACCAACGAGAAUGAUCAAUGAACUUAGUGAACCUCUCUGGCAAACGAUUGAAAGCUCAUCACCUGCUACAGUCGGUAGACACCAGCAACUGCAACUUGAUGUAGAUAACAUCCAGGAUACUGAUGAAGCUGCUAUGCAGGAACUAUUACGAAGCCUUAGCAGUGAUCCAAUCGGCUCUUCUAGCAAUAGAAGUACAUCUAGUCAGGUGGCAGCGACUCUGCCGCAAACUAGUGCGACCACGCGAGAUAGGAAAUCCCCUGGUUCUGCAUUGCAGGAGCUGUUGACUGUGGAUCCAGAGUUAGCAAGAAUGUUAGAUAGAGGCAGUAACAUGGGUGAUGGCAGAGACAGUGGUGAUAUGCUGCAAGGGACAGGCAGCUCAGAAAGACCAAGGUCGUCAACCCCAAGGAGACAAAGGCCUAGAGAUUCAUCGCAUUUAAGACAGAGCCCUGAAGAGAUACUACGAUUGCACAGUAGAUUAUCGGAAACCAGGUCCAAUCCUUACGAGUUCAAUUAUGAGCCAUCGCCAUCGUUAGCUGAAGAAGCCAGCCAACUGGAACAGUUGCACAAUAUCAAUUCACCAAUGUUCAUUGAUGGAGUUCCUAUCGCAACAUCACCGAGACUUUCUAUGAGUUUACCACAGCCUGUGUCCUCGCAGCCGUUAUCAUCUAAAAAUUUGCCACAGUUAUCAGCACCUACACUACUGUCAAUGGGAGUUCAACCCACACAAAAUAUUGGAAGUGUUCCAGCUGCUUUCUCCAGCAUACCUGGCACACACAAUGGGAAUAUUCCAUCUUCGGCAAAUGGGGGUGUACCAACAUACCUCCGAGGGGCAGGAUUAGAUAGGCCAGACUUAGGUAGCUUAUCCCUGAGUAACAGCAGUAUGUUGUCUCCAGCUGGAUUACCCACUGCGGCCCUCCUACCACCAACACUGGCCUGCAAGUCUGAAGGUCCUCCGUUGUCACCGUCUGAUUUCUGCAUUUCUCGCAUUGUCAGUAGUCGUAGUGUAUUACUUACAUGGGUUCCGCCAGCAAUGGACGAAAUGGCUAAAAGUAAUGGUGCUCAAGUUGCUGGUUACAGGGUGUACCUCAAUAAUAAACAAAAACAACUUGUAAACAGUGCUCAUCUUACAAAGGCUCUUAUAGAGAACAUAGAUAUACGAAUUCCAGUUACAUUUAGUAUUGAGACUGUAUCAGUGACGGGACAAACCUCACAUCGAGUUGAGAUGCAAUUUGAUGGCAAUAUGCUAUCACCGUUCCUAACUGAAUCCAUGGCGAGUGAAUCGGCAGCGGAUACUGAAGUCUCUUCUAUAUUCAGUGAUUUUGAAGAACCUCAGAAAAGAACUUUCAUGGCAAUCUAUGAUUAUAUUCCCGCCGAUCAUUCUCCGAAUGAUUAUCCUGCAUUUGAAUUACAAUUCAAUGAAGGUGACAUCAUAACCAUAUAUGGUCCACCCCGACCUGACGGGUUCUACCAUGGAAAGCUUCAUGGUAAAAAGGGACUUGUGCCCUCAAAUUUUAUUGAAGAAAUUCAUGUUUCUGGAAACAAAGGACGUAAAAAGAAGAAAUCUCGAAGUCAAGGCAGCCUUCAUAACGGGCAUUCCUCUACAGCAAGUGACAGUCCGAGACAACGAUCAGGACGAAAUAACCGACCCCCACCAGGGAAGAAUUCUCUCGGGGGCUCAAGAGUCUGAAACUGAAAAAAAAACAAAACAAUAUUUAAUUUAUGCAGUAAUAAAAUUAAAGCAAGAAAAUGAAGAAACUAAAUUAAAAUUCCUUAAAUUAAAUUCAAAUUCAAAACAGAAUAUUAAAUUGAAUGAUACAAACUUCCGUAUAUUUAAAACAGUAUCAGUACUCCGUUGUUUUAUUAAAAUUUAUUUUGUAAUGCUUUCCCUGUAAUAAAAUGUACAGAACCUAACAAUAAUGAAAUUUUGAAGGGAAAAAAUAACACAAGAAUUUAUAAUGUUGAGGUUGUAUUGUUGAAAAAAAAUCUAACUUUUUAAAAAUAUUAUACUGUAUAUUGGGUAACAUACCAAAGGAAAAAGUUUAUUCUUGUCUGUUGUGGCUGUACAACAUUAUACUGGUUCCAACUGGUUAAUACCGGUUAAACGGGAUGAGAUUCCAUCAAAUAAUGCUUUCAAAGGUUUCAGGGAAAUAGAAUUUAAGUUAAAACAGUGUUUAUAAAAGUCUUUGCAGAAUUCUUAAUAACAAUUGUAUAUUUUUUACCUGUAUAUAGAAUCUGUAUAUUCUUCCCACCUAGUGGCAGACAUUUAGAACAUCUCUAUGCAACUAAUUGUAAUUUUAAGUAUUUUACUUAUUUUUAGUCAGCGGCCAUGGUAAAGUAUAAAACUAUACUCCAGGAAAAAAAAAAGCUCCAGGGAAAAUCUGUAAUUGUCAUCCAGGAGUUUUACAAUUUUAUUUGCGUUUUUUUAUUGUUUAUAUUACUGUUAACAUGUGAACUGUACCAAAAAUUCUUGCCUUUUUAGUGAAUUCUCUUAUUUUUACAGUUUAUUUUGAUGGGAAGCGAUUGUUGACAAUUCAUUAAUUCAAAAAUAUUUGAAGAGUUUGGUUCUGUCAAAUUGUUGUGCAUCGUCUCAUCUGUU